UGAAAGAACGCCCAAGAUACAGGUCAACGAAGUUAAUUCACCCGAAAGUCACGACGAAGAAUACUACGAGGAUGAAAUUUCUCCAUCGAGUACAUCGGAAAAAAUGGACGACAAUGUGGCCAUUUUAAAUGCAAGAAACGCCGCAAAAAAGUGUUUCGAUGAAGACGAGACGUUUAUCAAAAAAGAAGCAAUCGCCGAAUUCUUAGGCGGAAUAAAACCUUUAAAUUCCAGAGCGUUAAAGUUCUAUAUGGGAUACUUUAAUUUUUCAAAUUUAAAAUUAGAUAUGGCAUUUAGACGAUUGUGCGAGAAACUAUACAUAAAAGGGGAGACGCAACAAGUGGACCGCAUUUUAGAAGCAUUUUCUAAACGAUAUUGGGAAU